ACGGCGCACGCGCACGCGCAUAGAUACCGAACAAACGUAUAAAAGGGCCCGAGCCCCCUCUACUUCUCAUUCUCACCACUCUCCUCUUACUAACACAACAUGGAAGAACUAGUUCCCAGUCAUGGCCAUGGUCAUGGAGACGAUACGGAAGGUGUUGUGCUCGCCAAGGGAGUUUCCAUGGCGGUUCUCUUCUGUGCUUCUAUGAUAUGUGGUAUUAUGCCUCUGUUCCUGGCGAAAAGAUUCCGUUGGAUAUCCACUGAUGAGGCGCAGAAUUUGAAAUCCAAGAAUCGCGUGGUGAUGUCUUUACUGUCGUUCGGAGGUGGUGUGCUCCUGUCUACCACAUUCAUGCAUCUUUUGCCUGAAGUUCAAGAGAACGUCGAGUACUUACAGAGAAUUGGCAGACUUCGAGAAUUCGAAUUCUCUUUGCCUCCGCUGUUGAUGUGCUGCGGCUUCUUCAUCAUGUAUCUGGUGGAGGAACUGGUGCACAUCUACAUCCAUCAUCGCGAGAAACAGAACGGCCAGUCAGCGCAGCUGGUGCGGAACCUCAGCGUGAGACGCAGCCGCGCCGGCAGUUCUGAUGCCAAUGGCGAGAAGAGCAUCACCAAUUCCAUCGCUAACCUCACCGACCCACCCACAAUGAAGAUGUCAAAGGACCCAGAGCUCAACCACCAUGGCCACUCCCACAACCACAGCCACAUGCCCAUAACGCAAGGUGACGACGUCACCUCAGCACUGCGCGGUUUGCUCAUUGUGCUUGCUCUUUCCAUUCACGAGUUGUUUGAAGGCCUGGCUGUCGGUUUGGAGUCUUCCACUUCUCAUGUCUGGUACAUGUUAGGAGCGGUUUCCGCCCACAAGCUAGUCAUUGCCUUUUGUAUUGGUGUAGAAUUAAUCGCUACACGCACAAAGACAUGGCUUUCCGUGGUCUAUAUCACGACAUUCGCUAUUGUAUCCCCAUUGGGUAUUGGCAUUGGGCUUCUUCUGGUCGGAGGUCAAGGCGCUACUGCUGCGGGUGUCUACUCCGUCGUCCUGCAGGGAUUGGCGUCAGGAACUCUGUUAUACGUCAUCUUCUUUGAAAUAUGGAAGAGCGAUAGAACCGGCAUCCUCCAAUACUUCGCUGCUAUCGUAGGAUUUGGACUCAUGUUCGGAUUACAGUUGUUGACGGGUCAUUCUCACAGCCACUCGCACGGAGACGACGACCAUGGACAUUCCCAUGACCACGGCCACUCGCAUGACCACGGACAUUCUCACGACCAUUGAAUCCAACACUCGGAAGUGUCUGUAAAUGGUCACUGACAUCUACCUAGAAAUUAACAUUCAUGUUCCAUACAGUUUCAAUAUUCUCGUGCACAAUAACAUGAUACUCGAGGCUGACGUCAUAGUUGUACAUUAAAAAAUUUAUCGUAAGUAAAUAAUGUAACGAAACUUCAUCGCUAUCCAUACAAGACUCAUGUUAUUGUACAGGAAAUUAAGCGGGAAAAUAUAAGUGAACUCAUUUGUGAUACAUGGAUUGUGAUGAGUUACUAUUACUUAAUGUUUUUAUAUGUUUUUAUUUUGUAAAUUGCCCUUAAUUUUGUACAUAAUUACUAUACAUAGGCACCUAAUGACACAUGUAAUAUUUUAGAAUUAUAAGUUAUUUAAGAACAAAGAUGUUGAGAAGUUUAGCAAUAACGUUAGAAAUGUCCGAUUACUGUUUUGUCUCAGAGAAAAACAUUUUAAAUAUCGUACCUUAUAGUUGAUUAUAUUAAUUUUUCGUUCGUAUUGCCUAUUCCAGCCUGAACAUAUAGUCAGCAAAAUAGCAAUGACGGAACACAAUAACACAGUCUUAAACAUUUCUGUACUAAAGUUAGCUUCUAAUUAAAUACAUUAGUUAACGAACACAGUUUUUAACGAUGCAAAAAUUGCGCGGGAAAAACGCUAUUCACUUUGUGGUGUUGCUACAUAAAAAAAUCAAAAAACCCACCGACCGCGGUCGUUGUGAUGAUAUAAAAAUAUGUGAUCACUUCAUUUAGUAAGUGCAUGUACUUGUUGUGAAUAAUCUACAACUGAAAAUGUAUGUCUAUUAUAAAUGUAACUAGUAAAAAGCUUUGUUCUCACAUCCCCAUUGAGAAACUUCGUUUAAAAGCUGUGAAUAAUAUUCUUAAUUGUAAUAACGAUAUUCUAACGUUGAGAGACAGUGAACAAGGUGUUAGCUUGAUAUGAUUUUUUUAUUUCCCUAUUUAUAAAACGCGUGUCUGUGAUAUGUGUAUUUUUGAAAAAAAAAGACCAACAAUAUGUAAACGACAGUAAUUAUUUAAAUACUAUGUAUAAAUAAGUGUAAGUACAAAGUUAAUUGCAUUAUCAUAUGAGAUUCGUUAGAAGUGAAGUCAUAUUUUGUAUUAAUAAAAAGAAAUUUUUGAAUGAGA